CAAGACGUGGGUCGGUGUGUGUAAUAUAGUCUUUAGGAAUUUUGACAGCGCUUGCGCUAAUCGUCGAUCGCAGCGCCCUCAUGCUAUCGUUGAUGUUAUUCAGUUUUAUAAAGAUUUUUGUAGCGCUGGUUGUGCUGCUCAAUUGCCGGUACACAUUAAAUAGGAAAUGCAACAUUUUUCAUAUUUUAUAUAUGUUUGUUGGACGUUUCAUGACAUAAUUAGUUUGUGAUAAAGUUCGUUGUGUUGAUUUGCUUUAAAAUCAGUUGUGAACAGUCUGUGUUAGUGUGUUUUAUUUUCGUAUAAUUUCAGUUUAGUGGUUGUGCAAGGAUUUGUCCCAUCGACUCUUGGUUCGCUGCCUUAUUCUGCAUUCUCUCGAUAUAUGAGAUGUCCUCGCGGUGAAAGUGAAGUACACUCGAGUGCGACCCGCCAUGGCGUCGUAGGCAGAGAUAUCGGGAGAUAGUUGCGGUGUGAUCGCGUCAGGUCGCGAUGGGCGCGCCGGGCGUCUCGGACGAGUAUUCGCCGCCGCGUCUCUCGCGGCUCCUCCACGCGUUGCCGCACAUCAACGUCACACUACAUCGCGUUAAUGACACCUUCGCACCAAACUCACCAGUUUAUCUAGAGAGCUUGGGCAUCCUCGGUUCGAUACCGGGCGCAUGGCUGAUCCUGACGUUAACAGUGCUACUGAUCUACCUGCUGACAAGAUGCUGCGACAGAAAACAACGACCUCCACGGAGUAUCACGGCUUUGAAGAUAACGCUGAUGAUUUUAUCGGUGCUAUGUUGUGGCGCCAUCGGCGUUGGUCUCUUCGGGAACGAUGACCUGCACAACGCUAUGCUGCAGAGCAUCCAAGCCGGCAACCAGCUCGCAGCGCUAGUCAAUACUGUGAAGAACCAGUCAAGUAUACUGGAGGAAGCGAUGGGUUCCCGCGCGCGCGCCCCGCUGGCCCGGCUGGCGGACGCGCUGGACGCGCCCGUGGCCAACCAGACCGCGCUCGGCACUCUGCUGCGCGCGCUCUCAGCUCUCCGCAACAACGCCAGUGCUGCCGCUUCAGCUGCUGAUAAUCUACGGCGGCCACUCGCUGCUUUGAAUCUUGAUGCUUUUAUGAAGAAAGCGUGGGUGUGGGAGGCAGCUCGCUGGGCUGGCGGCAUGGCAGGCUGGUGCUGCGGCGGCGCGGUGUGCGUGGCGCUGCUGGCGGCCGCAGCCCGCCGCUCGCGCCGCGCGCUACUGCUGCUCUGUGUUAGUACAGUGGGGGCCCUGGGCGCGCUGGUGGUGUGCUGGCUGGCGGGCGCGCUGCUGGCGGCGGGCGCGGUGGCGGCGGCCGACGCCUGCCAGGACCCCGCCGCCGCGCUCGCGCACCACGCGCCGCACUACCUGCCGCAGGACAUGGUGCACUACUACUUAUCGUGCAAGGUGUCCCGUGAGAAUGUCCUGACUGCUGAGCUGAGGAACGCUCAACGCGCCGUCGUGGCCGUCAGGCAAGCGCUCGCCGUGCUAGCCCGCGGAGCACCGCAACUGUUCAAUGAUCCUGGUCUGCAGCCAGCGCUGGGCGCGCUAGGAGCGGGCACGGGCGAGGCCGAGCGCGCGCUGGUGGCGCUGAGCGGCGCGCUGGAGUGCCGCAUGGCGCGCGCUUACUUCGUGGCCGCCGCGCGAGCUGCCUGCGACGCCGGACUGCAGGCGUUAUCACUCCAGUUGCUCGCGGCCGUCGCGGCUGGCUUCCUCUUCACUGCCAUCGUACUAGUCGACUCGCACGCUUGGAUAUACAUCAACACCAAACGAAGCGGCAGCGGCGAGGAACAAGCGCCGUUCCUAUCGUCUGGCGGCAGCAGCCAGGCGUCACGCACGCUGCCGCGGCCCGCGCACUACCCCAACGGCAAACCGCCUUCGUACGGUGCUGCUGUACAACUUAUGGACCUCGACCGGCCAAGCCCCAGCAAGCCACCCUCCUACGGCGCUGACGUGCAACUCAUGGACUUCGAAAAACCAAGGUCGCGCAUGUCGGGCAGCGCCACGCUGGGGCGCGGCGCGGGCGCGGGCGGCGCGGGCGCGGCGCUGGGCGGCGCGCACACGCUGGGCCGCGCGCCGCACAACGGCAAGUACGCCACGCUCAGCAAGCAGUGCAAGACGCUCGAGAGCAGCGACUUCUACUGAGACCGGCCCGGCGGCGGCGCGCACGAACACACGCCUGGUCAGGCAGGGCGCUCGACGAGCUUGAACCGUUUCGACCCGAAGUACGCGUCGUUCGGUCCGCGCGCCCCUCGGCCGCGCCCCGCCGCAGCCGCCGUGUCGCUGGGCACGUUCUCCGCGCCGCCGCCGGCCGCCGACAAGUACGCGACCGUGAGGCCCGCGCGCCGCGCCGAGCCGCA